AUGACCAUACCUCAACCCACCAGGCCAUCCCCAACCCACCAGGCCAUCCCAACUCCACCAGAGCGAUCCCAACGCAAAGCACCAGGUCAACCCCGAAACCAUCAGCAUCGGCCAACGCCACCAGGUUCCAACAACAAACACCAACCAGGAAACCCCCCACACGCGACCUUUCCACCAUUACCAAUAGCCAUUGAUGCACUUUUUCUGUCGGUCAUCUGGUGUUGGACACCCCAUCUAGACCACACUCCGACGAACCCACCAUCCGCAGGCCGCCACACCCCGAACCCUGACGAGCCUCCAAAAGCACUCAUCACCCACACGCCAGCCACACAGAAGCGACAGAAACCGACCCAGGAAGAAGCCGAUUCCACGCCCGCCUGGGCCUCAACAAGUCCCUCCAAUAAAAACAAACAUUUAGUCCAUCUUUCUUGUGCACCUCAAGACAGGAACCGCGACACGAGAGUCGGCGAAGGGUCUUGCCCAACGCGGUCCAACUGCCUGCCUUCGCGAUUUACAGUUGCCUCGGACGAGCAAAGAACACAAGGACAGGUAAGCAUUCUGGCUUAUAUAUGCGCGACGUGUCCAGAUCCCGUGGCAGUCGUCCGCGUCCACCUGACCUUCGACCAGGACUUCGCUAUGAGAGUGCAGUAUAUAGUGUUCCUGGCCCUGAUGGCCACGGCUUCGGCUAAAGCCUGGUACCUCGUCUCCUUCGCCGACAACAACCUCGAAUUCAAGCCAGUGAGCAACCCUUGGCAACCCGCAGUCGCCGACUUCGAAAAUCCAUCUAAGAAGAGUCAAACGACGAAAACGGACGAAGGCGAUGUUCAAAAGCGGAGAGAGGAAAUGAGACGUCUUUUGCACCGGUUUGAUUGGAGCGACGAAAACUCGAUGAGCGACGAGGAUUCGAACAGUUAUGGCGGCUAGGACUCUGGACUGUUCUCCGGCCACGGCUUCGGCUUCAUUCGUUCCUCGUUACCUACGCAAGGGACUCGGAUGAAGAAUAAAGGCUUUGAGAAGAAUUUUUGAAGAUUUAUCAUUAACUUCUUAGCUUUAGGAUUAUGUAGAUGUUAAGAAGGGAAACAAAGGGUUCAGAAUGAAGAACAGGAUAGAGGAUGUCUUAGAGAAGAAAAACAUUAUGGAUGAUAAUAUAAAUACAUCUAUAUCUAUA